CCGGGGCGGCUGCGAGGCGCGGCUGGGCGCGCUGCCCCGCAGCACCAGCUGCGGCCGCCCGCGUCCUCCCCGGCAUGGGGGCCGGGCCCCGGCCGAGACCCCGCUGGCGGCGCUGACCUGAGCGGCACCCCUCGCUCCCUUUCUCUACCCCCGCAGUCCCGUGGGGAGUAGGCCUGGCGACGGCUACUAGCGCCCGCGGGCGGGCGGCGCGGGGCUCGGUGCGGCGGGCCGUGGGGCUCGGGACCCGGAAGCAGAAGCGGGGCCGGGAGGCGGCUGUAUGGGAAGGAGCGACGGCGGGCGGCGAUGGGGGAGCAACAGAGCUCGCUGAGUGCCCCGCGGGCGGCCGCCGCCACCACCGCGCCGCCGAGCCCGGCCGGACGCCCUUGGGAGUUCAGCCCGGACGACCCGCCUCAGCCGCGAGAGGCUGUCCCGGGCGGCGAGGCGGCCGAGCCGGGGGGAAGUGGGGAGCCGCCGCCGACCGCCCCCAGCCCUGAUCGGCAAGGGGCCGAAGAGGAGGAGGCGGAGGCUGUGGCCGGGCCGGAGGAGCCGCCAGCCGCGGAGGAGCCGGCGACUCUGGCGGAGGAGGGGCCGGGGCCGGGGCCGGAGGGGGGCCACGGCUGCCGCCGCCUCUCCCGGCGGCAACUGUACUGCACAGUCUACUGUGUGGAGAACGACAGGCCGGCGGCGGCCCCCGCCUCCCCUCGCGGCGGCACGGACAGCGGCAGCCAAGGUGCGGGGCAGCCCCUGGCGCGGCGCGGGGUGGUGGCAGACGGCGACCCGCUGUCGGCGGGCGGCAGCAUCGAGGUGGUGGACUUGUACCUGCUGCCCGAGCCCUUCUCCGGGCUGAUCGCUGGCGAGUUCGGGCCGCUGCUGGUGCUGAGCUGCCGUGUGUGCCUGGAGGAGAAGCCCAUCAAGCCCCUGUCGUGCUGCAAGAAGGCGGUGUGCGAAGACUGCCUAAGGAGGUACCUCAGCUCUCAGGUGCAGCUGGGACAAGCGGAUAUAAAAUGCCCAAUCACAGAAUGCAGCGAGCACCUGGAUGAAACAACUGUCCUCUAUAACCUGCCCCAUGACGACAUCAUCAAGUAUAAGUAUUUCCUGGAACUCAGCCGCAUUGACUCCAGCACCAAGCCAUGCCCUCAGUGCAAGCACUUUACAACCUUCCGGAGGAGAGGCCACAUUCCUACCCCUGCCAAAUUGGAGAACAAAUACAAAAUCCAGUGUCCAUCUUGCCAAUUUGUCUGGUGUUUCAAGUGCCACUCUCCCUGGCAUGAAGGCGUUAACUGCAAAGAAUACAAGAAGGGAGACAAGCUGUUGCGUCACUGGGCCAACGAAAUUGAACACGGGCAGAGGAAUGCCCAGAAAUGUCCAAAAUGCAAGAUCCAUAUCCAGAGAACAGAAGGGUGUGACCACAUGACCUGUUCCCAGUGUAACACUAAUUUCUGUUACCGUUGUGGGGAGAGAUACCGUCAGCUCCGGUUCUUCGGAGAUCACACGUCAAACCUCAGUAUCUUUGGAUGCAAAUACCGCUACCUCCCCGAGAGACCACAUUUAAGGAGAUUAGUGCGAGGCUCUGUCUGUGCUGGAAAACUACUCGUUACACCCAUAAUACUGGUUCUGGGACUGGCAUUGGGAGCCAUAGCUGUUGUAAUAGGUUUAUUUGUGUUUCCUGUCUAUUGCCUUUGUAAAAAGCAGAGGAAAAGGUCACGGACAGGUAUGCCCUGGUAAGGAUGGACCUUACUCAUCUGAACUGAGCUGGUCCUUCAAGGGCUAUACACGCUUUGUGCAACAGAGCAAUACAGUGCUGGUUAACAGCAUCAAAACCACAGCCCUGGAAGAAGAAUGGGGGAUCUCCUGCUGUCUUCCCUCAGAUAAAAACACUACUGCAGACCAGAAAGCCUCUUUGUUCUGGUGCACUCUGAACAAGAUGGGCCCCCUGACUGCUGCUUUUUAAAUGUUUUGGGGUUUGGGUUUGUUUUUGUUUUGUUUUGUUUUAAUUAUUACUUUGGAGGGUUUUUUUGAGUCUAAGUUUCUGAAUUAGACAAUCAAAGUCUCUCUUGUAGCCACAACUUCUACUGAUUUGGCCUGUGAAGAAAGCAUUUAACUGCUAACAUGUGCUCCAUUUAACUUCAGUGUCAGCCUUUAAGGGGGAAAUGCUUAGAAGUGUUUGGACUCUUACUGUAUACUGAGCAUACUACUUUUGGUAUUAAAAACUACUUCUGUAAAUAACUUCCAUCACACAGCAUUCUGUUCAGCAUACCAAAACCCCUUCACAUGCCAGAGCACGACAGCUGGUUAUCUUCCAAGUCCUAGGCAGUAGUGUAGAUUGCCACCGCCAAACUGCAGUGCCUCAGAGCGAAAUAAUCCUUAGUACUGAAGGUCCAUUAUACUUACAAAUAUACUGAUUGGGUUUAAGUCAGUGUUUAUGGCAGUCUGUUAAUAUUGACUGGGGGUGUGUAACUGAUUUGUUAGAAGAGUUACAUUGUGAAAUCCUUCCAGUACAGAAAAAAUUUGAGGGAUUUAGAUAAGAGGAAGUGUCGCUGGCCUGUUCUGUCCCAGAUAUCCCUGAAACGUGUUUGCAGGGAAGCUGGGAACCUGCUCUUCUAUUCUGACUUGGCAUAUAAUACACAUGCUACACACUAGUUGUGUGAAGAUUGAUGGUGAAAUUUUAUAACCUAAAUAGCACAUUUUGUUUGUUUAAGUAGGCUACGUAAGUCUCAGAGUAUCCUUUGAUGUCUCAUGAGGAAAAUCUGUGAAUUUUGGGUAAAGGGAGUGGUCAUGAAUUUUUAGGAGGCCAUUUUGUCCUUAUUCUCUGCUUCCAGUGUUUCUCUUCCUGGAACAUUACAGAUCUGAAGAGAAUAGUUAUCCUUGCUCUUUUUUCCUAACUUCAGAGUGCUGCUGUUUGCUGCCAGACCUCUUUCUCAGUGCAAAACCACAAGAGCAAUGUAAUUCAGUGUUAGGAAUCAUCUACUGAGAUUUUCUUCACUUUUGGUUAAAAUCCAAAUUUAUCAUACAAAUAUAACUUAAAAUUAAAAAUACAAGAAGAUAAAUUUAUGUAAGCAGAACACUGAAACAAUAAAGGAAGUAUCUACUUUAAAAAUACAAGCUGGUCUUAAAGAAGAUUGGAUCUGUACUGUGAAGGUACUUUUUUUCAGUGUGUGUGUUUGAAGUUACCUGUGUAUAUAAAUAGUGAGGGGGGAAGCAGGAAGAUGGCAACGUCCUAAAGAGUGUACAGACUUCAGAGCCUAGGUCUGCAAAUAGCGUAUCAUUUGAGAGGAUGUACUUUGCACCAAUUUCUUUGAAAAUUGUUAUUAAGUCUGAAUCUAGUUGUAAUUUUUAAGCAAAUAGUAUUCUGUCCCGCCAGCGUAAUACUGUUACAAGAUACUCACUUUGAUUUCAAAGCAGUGGAAGAAACCAAUGAAUCUUGUUUACCUGGAAACACAAAUAUCAGCUUACCAUAGCUGGUUAGUAUGCUUGUUUUCUGUCAGCGUCUGGUUUUGUUUUCUUGGGGGGUUUUUCUUGUUGAAACAGUGUGUGCAAGCGCAGUCAACAAGUACUUAAUAUUUCCUUUUGAAUUUAAGGGCAUGUUGACUCUGUUGUCCUAACCGUAGAAGUAGUAUCUUUCUAAGAUGUGCAAAUUAAGUGGGGAAGCAGUGACAUUUGGAAGUGAAGUUCAAAGCAUAUUGUCAAUGCAAAUCCACCCAUUAAUUAGAUUUCUUCUUCUGUGACACAUCAGUUUUCUAUUUGUGUUCUGUCUGAGGUUGGAAGCUGCCUUAAAAGUCUUGGUUUGAGUGUGUUUUCUGAGGCUAUACAUAUCAGUUGUCUUUGGCUUACUCAGGGAUUUUUAUUCCUCUCUUUAAAUGUCAAAUAAUGAAGAUAUUUUUGUAUUAUUUAGAAAAACCUUCAAACCUCAGAGUGAGAUAUAUAUAGAUAGACUUGGGUUUGCAAUGCAGUCUGUCAUAUGGUGUCAAACUAUUCCACAUGAGAAGACUUUCGUACUUCAGAUUAUCUGUAAUUAACUAUACAGUGUGUUCAUUUCUUUUCUUUUUCUGGCUCUUUAUAAAUAUGUGAGAUAUUCUUACAGUCUUUGUAGCUGUUUUCACUCUGCUUUGUUUGCCAUUUUCAGUUUCUGAUGGGACUUCAGAAAGAUUUGAAAUUAAGAUGUGAGAAUAAAAUGCAUUAAAGGGAACGUAUUAGAUCUGCACUUAUUUAUAUUCAGAAAGCAUGUCAUUGUGGGUGGAGGAAAGGAACACGCAUCUCUGCUCCUACGUUAUCAUUUCAUCUAGGCCAUUUUUAUUUUAUCCGUACAGAUUAAAUGAAAGGGAAAUGGUUCAUCAUUUUUUACACGUAGCAAAAAGAGGCAUCUUUGACCUUGAAAGACGAAGAGUCUAAUCUUCCUCUGUCAGUAUACAAAAAUAAUAGGAAUGACAAUAAUACUUGCUUUUCUGUAGAACAGAGACGUAUUUCAAGAGGCAGUCAGAGUAGGAAUAUGGAAGACUUUUUCCAUUCCUAUUAAAAUAUUCCCACUUUAAUAGUACAUAAAUACAAUUUUCAAUUAAUAUUAAGUAACAAAAGCAACUGAAAUAGUAGUUUAAUACAAAACUUCAUUCAAUAAAAUGCUAGCUUUUAAACAGUUCUUCAUAUCUUGUUUCAAAUCCUACAUACAUCAAAGGCAUGUCAUUUGUUUUACAAGAAUUAAGUUAUCAGUUUGAAAGAAAUUGAAUGAAUUUAAUUGAAAGGAAAUUCAAGAACAUUUUUAUUAUGUAAAUGUGUUCAGGUUUUUUUAUAACUGUCCUCUAAAGAAACCAUCAGAUUGUCCUACUCCAUCUUUAUUAACAGAAAACUUCAUCAGGCAGCUGAAAUAACCUGCGAAGGCAGAUUUCACACUACUGUAUGUUGAUCAUCGCUGAUCAUCAGGUUUGCUUUCAUCGCGUUUAAUAUUUAAGAUUGCUUAUCCUUAUGCAGAGUUGUUGCUCACUGAUACCUGUAUUUGAACUCUAGGAAAUGCUUAAAUCCAUUCUACCUAGCAUUCUGUUUCAAGCUUGCUUGGAAAUGGCUCUGCCCAUGCUCUUGAGUCUCCUUGCAUGCAUGCAGUUGGAGCUGGUGCCCUCCCUGCAGCGCCAUGCCAUGUGUGUUCUGUCCUGCCUGUGCGGGAGGGGACUGCUUUCCCUUUAGUCACUAAUAGUAAUUGGUUGUAUUUCACUAACUGGGUCAGGUUUCAGGGCUGCUCAGCCAUGUCAAUAGCAGGGUGAUUCUGACUGCUGUGGCAUCUUGGAGCAUAGUUAGGUAUAUUUGCAGAGCUUAUCCAGGAGCUUGUGACUGGAAAAUAAAUGUGCUUUUCCUUGUGUCAGCCUAUUAGACAGUGAGAAUACAAGCGAGAGGCAGAAGUGCAGUUUUGAGUAGCCUUAUGCUGUAUCUGACCCAUCUGUUUUAGACCCAUGUGAAACAGUCUUCAUUUCUCACCACCUCUCUAAUAAACAACAUUCAUAUCUUUCAAAUGUCAUUAAACACAGUCACUUUGAGUGAUCCAUUAUCUUCCUUUGGGGCAGUGCAAAUGUGUAAGUAAGAUUUUGUAUGGCUUUGGUAUUAGUGAUACUGACUUUGUAACUCUUCCUGGUAUGUUAGAUGCUUUUUCAUUUACAUCUAUUUGUUGGUUCUGAAAGUUUGAUCAACGUGAAGUUUUACUUUAUUAAAAAUAUUAAUUUGCAGGGACUAUUGCCAAUUAAACAAGAAAGUGUUUGGGA